AUGCCUCUCACAACCAGUAUCAAUGUUGUAAUUGGCGUAGAUCUUUCCAAUCACAUUUCCUCAAAGCAAAUGCCAGCAAGCCGACAAAUUGAAGUGGCUCAGUCCUGUAAUGAAUACAGUGUGGCGAUCCAAGCUGUGAUGGAAAUUCUACAGGAAUAUGACAGUGACCAACUGUUUCCAGCAUACGGUUUCGGAUCAAGAUUAUCAUCUGGAGGAAAACUUUGCCACAAGUACCCUCUUAGUGGAGAUGAGAACAAUUAUUUUUGCAAGGGGAUGGCUGGUGUGUUGGAAGCCUACCGUCGUAGUUUUGAGGCGCUCCAUCUUUCCGGACCCAUCUGCUUCAGUCCAAUCAUACGAGAUGUUAGCGACACCGCAAGAAGGAAUAAGGACACAGAAAACUAUUACGUCCUACUGAUUCUUACAAACGGUACGGUUGACGACUGGAUUGAAACAAAAAAGGCUGUCAUUGAAACGUCCUUCCUACCGAUAUCUAUCAUCGUAAUCGGAAUUGGUGGAGGAAAAUUUGCAGACGACAUAGUAGUCGUCUUCGAAGAGAAGGGGACGCAAGUGUUUUUCGAUGAACUGAACAAAGUCAUCCCGUUGUUUGGUAUGCACUUUGCACCUACAAAGUGUAAGCCCACGCUCGUGGACGUGCAGUCACUGAACACGCUACUUACGAUCCAGGGAGAGGCACUGGAAGUUGUGGAGCGUUUGAAGUCUCUUGGAGGUUGCAUUUGUUUCGAUUGUGGUGUGACAGACGAGGUGAAUGCACGAAUCUGCAAGACUCGCGUCGCGUUUGCUAAUUUCAGACAUCUGAAUCUCAAGAGACGUGUGUAUGAAGAUACAGUGCGGGCUGUUUUAUUGUAUGGCUGUGAAAGUUUGCCUGUUCGGGCACCGGAACUGAAACGUCUUCAGGUGUUCGACAAUCGUUGUUUAGGACCAUAG